CUAUAUACCUAGCCCUAUCAUCCAUCCAUCCAGCCAGCCAAACAGUAGCAACAUGAGUACUUCAGCUCGCCGCCUCCUCCUCCUCGCCGGCGCCGCUGCCGCCAUCGCACUCCUGCUCUCGGCCACUGCCCCGGUGGCCGGAGCCGAGGACGACGGCUACAGCUACAUCCCUGGCUCACCCAGGGGGCCGCAGAACUGGGGCAGCCUGAAGCCGGAAUGGGCCACCUGCAGCAGCGGCAAGAUGCAGUCGCCGAUCAACCUCGGCCUCCUCGACCUCACCUUGGCUCCCGGCCUCGGCAACCUCAACUACACCUACCAGAACGCCAACGCCUCCGUCGUCAACCGUGGCCACGACAUCAUGGUCAGGUUUGACGGCGACGCCGGUAGCCUAAAGAUAAAUGGCACGGCGUACCAGCUCCGGCAGAUGCACUGGCACACGCCGUCGGAGCACACCAUCGAUGGCCGGAGGUACGACAUGGAGCUGCACAUGGUGCACCUCAACGCCCAGAACCAGGCCGCCGUCAUUGGCAUCCUCUACACCAUCGGCACCCGGGACGAGUUUCUGCAAAAGCUAGAGCCUUAUAUAAUUGAGAUAUCAAAGCAAGAAGGCAAAGAGAGAGUGAUCAUUGGUGGGGCGGAUCCAAAUGUAGCCAAGGGACAGGAUACCGUGUACUACCGCUACAUGGGCUCCUUUACCACACCACCUUGCACUGAGGGAGUCAUCUGGACCGUUGUCAGGAAGGUGCGCACCGUGUCACUGUCCCAAAUCACACUUCUCAAGGCAGCUGUGCUCACGGGUAACGAGAACAACGCGAGACCCCUUCAGGGCGUGAACAACAGGGAGAUUGACCUGUUCCUUCCUCUCCCUCUCAUCAACAACUGAACAGCAUGCUUGACAUACACAGCUGAUUUACAACGCAUCGCCUGACACACGCAUGGAGAAUCAGCAAACAUAUGUGUACUAAUAAAUAUAUAGUAUUACUCAUGUUUGUGUAAUCUUAUCCUAAUGGUGUCGCUUAUAUAUAUAUAUAUAUAUCGUCUUGAUCACCUAGCUUCGUAAAGAGAGAUCAGCAUAUAUGUUGUUCAAUCACAUCUGCAUAGCAUAAUAAUGCAUGCAUAGAUUUUAUAUGUAUCUCUUUCCGGUGCUGCUAUGUGUAUCUCUAUAUGAUUAAAUAAAAAUACCAAUGUUUUAUAA